AAAGACAGGUUCUGUUCCUGAAAUUACCCACUUCAGAUCAGCUCUUACGAACUUCACAGAGGAACAGUUCUUUAUAGUGUCUUCAAAGCUCGCAAGAUGGCUUUUUUUAAGAAAUUAUUUGAGCAACAAAAUGAUGACAAGGGUUUUAAACCUGCUCCUUUUGAGACUGGAUAUUUUGGAACAGUCAAGGCUGAUCCUAAUUUUAAUGCCCAGAAUGAUGCUGCAAAAUUAAAGAAAGCCAUUGAGACCAAAGGUGUGGAUGAAGCCACUGUUGUGGAGGUGAUAGCAAAGAGGAGCAAUGCACAAAGACAACAGAUCAAAGCAGCUUAUCAGCAGAGUGCAGGAAAAGAUCUGGCAGCUGACUUGAAAAAAGCUCUGAAGUCAGAGUUUGAGGAAGUGGUCCUGGCCUUGCUGAUGACUCCUCCAGAGUAUGAUGCUUUUGAAAUGAAAAGAGCCAUGAAGGCUCUUUUUGAAGCAGGAGAGAAUCGGAUUGGCACUGUUUGCUCUGUUCUGAUUGACAUCCUCACAAACAGGAGUGAAGCUCAGUUGUGCAAAAUUUUACAAUAUUAUGGCCAAUUCAGCAAAGACGGUUUGGCCAAAGAUCUUGAGGGUGAGCUGAGUGGAAACUUUGAAGACUGCCUGAUGACCCUGGUGAAGGGUGCUUGGAACAAACAUGCCUACUUUGCAGAAAGGCUCAAACUGGCUAUGAAGGGACUGGGAACCGACACUGACACGCUGACUAGAAUCAUUGUGAGUCGUUCAGAAAUUGACCUGCUGAAAAUCAUGCAAGAGUACAAGAGGAUGUAUGGCAAAAGCCUUCAGGAAGACCUUCUGAAAGAAACAAAAGGGGAUUAUGAGAAGAUCAUGCUGGCACUCUGUGGGACUCCGUAGACAACAAUAAAUAUCUUCAUUCAACUGGAUCACGCUAAACACAUCUGUUCAUUAAAUGGGUGUAUUCAUGACCCGUGUAAACGCCUAAUCUCCUCAGGGUGUGGCUCUUUAGGAGUGUUUCAUUAAAACUCGUUGUGCAACUCAUUGUGUAAUAUUUUUUCUUUGACCAGUACACUCAAAGGCAUGUGGUGUUUAAGUGUCUCAGGAUACUUUAAAGUAACAUCAUUAAUGAAUU